AUGGCAGAAGAUAAAUAUUUAGUUGAUCCGGAAACAGGAGAUCGUUUUCGUCUUGGAGGCUGCUUAAUCAGUGACAAACCAUCGAAUCUACCGAGAUUUGGAGGUGCCCGAUGCCUUUCAAAUUUGGAAUUACCUUCAUCAGUUGAUCUAAGACAGUUUAUGUCGCCCGUUGAGCAUCAAGACAAUCUCAAUUCAUGUAAUGCUAUUGAUAUGCAACAAAAUGUUUUAUUUCAUCCUACAACUGCUUUUGAUUCAUAUAUAUUUAUUUGA